CACGCAGGAGAACAAAAACAAAAAAAAACCUUCGUGGUGGCUGCCUUCAUCUCGUUCAAAAUUUUGUUUUUCUUAAAAUUGUGCUAAACAGUAAAAUAAAAUCAGUGAACCAUGCCCACAAACGGUGGAGAAUAAACGAGGCAGAAAACAAAGAGUGAAUUAAUUGCAGGUGCAUCCUUGAUAGCUUGUGCAAUCAAAACAGAAUCUCAAUUUUGGCUGACCGUCGCCUCUUCCGGUGAUCGUUUGCAUCCGCCUGGGCACCCGCAAAAUAACAAAACAGACUUGCGGUGGUAGUCACUGCCACGGGUCGAGCAUUACGGUUUUGAUCGUGGCUACUGUGCCGUCCAGUUGAGGCUGACCAAUCAAUCGAGAACCUGCUGUAGCCCUACAGUCGCUGUCCGGGAGACGCAGCGGCGCCAAAGCAACUGGCUCCUAAAUGGGAAAGUAUACGCACAGUUUGAAUCUGAGCCAGCAUCGCAACUUGGAGCAGAUUAGCAAUGAUUUAAUCCAGGAAACAAAGGUCUGCACCGACCAGAGUCCACUGCCGAAGGGCCUCCGGGAGCGGUUGGAAGGCCUACCGCGACACAUUCGCAAGGAGGUGGUCAAACGGACCCGGGACGGAUGUUCGCCCCUGUUCAUUGCAUGUCGUCGGGGCAAUGUAAAGAUCACCGAGUAUCUUAUCACGGUCUGCGAUGCCGAUAGUGAGCAGAAGGGGAUGUACGAAGUGCCGGAGGACCGAUCCGUGCACUGUGUUACACCGCUGUGGUGUGCGUGCGUUUCCGGUAAACUGCCGGUGGUGAAAUGUCUGGUCCGGCUGGGUGCCAACAUCAACGCUCUCUCCGACACAGGGUCCACUCCACUGCGAAGUGCCUGUUUCAUGACGCACAUCGAUAUUGUCCAAUACCUUGUCGAAAACGGUGCCGACAUCCGCAAGCCUAACUACAACGGCGGGACAUGCCUUAUCAAUUCGGUCCAGUCGGUGCAGCUGUGCAGCUAUCUAAUCAACAAAGGCGCCGACGUAAACGCCCGUGACAUACAGGACAAAACCGCUCUUCACUAUGCCAUCCAGGAGCACCGACUGGAAACGGCCCAGCUGCUUCUCGAGCACGGUGCCGAUCCGUUCGCGAAAAGCCGCUACGGUGAUGACGCCCUCCAGACAGCUUGCCUCAAAGGUGCUCACCAGAUAUUCGACUAUUUGAAAAAUCGCAUCAAUUACUCGUCGGAACGGUUGGCAGACGCCCACGAACUGAUCGGAUCAACAUUUAUCGACGAUCACAAUGAAACACGAGUGGCAAUCCUGCACUGGCGGCUAGCGCAUCAUAUCCGCCUGCGAGACGCGAAUUACAUUCGCAAGAAACCGGAUAUUCCACUCCGAUAUGCAUAUGGCAAUGCCGUUGAGUUCUCCACAAUAGCCGAACUGGACAACAUUGCCGCUGAUGUCGAUGCUAUGCGGAUCCAAAGCCUGCUGAUCUAUGAGCGAAUACUGGGAAUUGAUCACAAGGACACCCUGUUCCGGUUGAUGUUCCGGGGAGCGUCCUACGCAGAUUCGUUGCGCUUUCAACGGUGUAUCGAUCUGUGGCUUCUGGCUUUGCAAGUUCGUGUGCAAAAGUAUUCGAUCCUGUACUCGGACACGUGCCUCACGGCGCAGGCGAUAGUACGACUCAUGCUGGACUUGCUGGACAAAUAUGCGGACGUGAUGCCGAACGAAUUUGUUGAGCAAGGGAUGCCACGAUUCGAGGACGUGUACGCCGUGUUUCAGGUGUUGACUUCGAAUAUCAAUGAAGCUCGUCAAUUGCUCAAUAUUCGCCCGGUGCAUAGGAAGCAGCAGGAGAACUUCGACAGGAUAUUGAAAUGCCUAACACAUCUGAUGUAUUUGCUGAUUUCCACAGCCAAAAGUGAAGACGAACGGGAAUUGGUAAACGGUUCGGUGAGGCAGCUUGUUCGCAACAACAUUCGAAGCGCAAUCACCAACGACACAUUACUGCAUCUGUCCGUCUCGAGGUUGAAUGUUAUCAAGAGUGGUUACUUUACGGAUGACAGCAGUUUGAGGGUUAUCUUUCCGAAUUUGAACGUGGCACGGUUAUUGCUGGAGUGCGGUGCCCACGUGAACGCCAAGAAUGAAAGCAAAUCGACACCGCUGCUGGUCGCUUCUAUGCCGUACAACUACGAACGCGAGUUGGUUCACACCCUGCUGGAGUACGGUGCCCAUUUGGAUCAACCGAAUCGGAACGACGACCGGCCAAUGUCGCUCAUCGCUAUGAACCCCGUCAACGAUAUCCCGUUGGUGAACUACAUCAGUCUCAAGUGUCUCUGCUCGACGGUAAUCACCAAGUUCAAUAUCCCCUAUCGUAAUCAGAUUCCGCGAACGCUGGAGGAUUUCGUCCGGUGGCACGAACCGUAAUGAUUCGCUCCGCCUCCUAUGUAAACUGUGAGUUACGCUUUCAUGUACCUAUCUAUUAAGAAAGAUUUUGAACUAGCGAAAUUGGAAAGACAACACUUCUUUUAUGCUGUCCCACCUUAUUUUUUUGAAGUGUUGUCAAUUUAUUUGCCCUAAGAUACUCUUCUAGAAAAACGAAUUGGUAACUUAUGUAAAUAUGUUUUUCGACCAUGGCUAUUUUCGCUCCGUCUACUCAAUAAAUGGUCUCCCUAGAAGUUA